AUGCGCGACGACGGAAUGCAAAAUCCGACUGAUAGCAAAAUACAAGUAACUUUUAGUAAGGACGACGAAUUUCAAAGUGCCUCUCCAUCCCAUUGCAUCAAAAGUGUACAGUCUCAUUUUCAAUCUCGAAUAUUUGACGCCUGUGACGAUUUCCUGACAUUUUCGAAUGAGUUUUUUUCCAAAAAUUGGAAAUCAAUAAUAAUUCUAGCUUCUUCCCUAGUUUUCUUCUUUGGAAUCUUUAAUUCUAAUUACAUUCCUGUUGGGAUAUAUUCCGAAUUAUGUCAAUUUCCAUUAUCACAAUUUUUGUUACCUUGUGAUAAAAUAGCCGCAUAUGAUUUUGUUAGUUUCAAGAAAGAACAAGAAAACUUACUCGAAAAUCUUCAGAAAAAUGCUAAAGAAUUUAAUCCACCAAAUGAUAAACCUCUUUCUCUUCGUGUUAAGAGUAUUGAAAUGGAUCCAGAGACUUUAUCACAGUAG